AUGGCAACCAUUUCACUAGCACCACCUCCCAACUUUAUGCCGCCUCGCAUGGCCGAUCACUUUUGGGCUAAUGACAAUACCGCCCUUAACAACAUUCUUGAGCGACUACUAAAAUCCAAACGAACGUGUGAAACGAUUCUGAAAGUGUUUGAGAAAAGAGCACAAAUCGAGCAGGACUAUGGCGAACGGUUAUUAAAGUUAUCGCAAAUACGGUUAUCUGAAAGCGAAGAAGCAUCCAGCACAUUUGCAGAUACACUGCAGAGUAUACCGACAGCAACCGAAGCAGCUGCUCGUGCACACAUUGAUCUUGCACAACAAAUACAUCAUCUCUUGGAAACUCCAUUAUCUGCGUUUAUCAGGGAGCAAAAAGCUGUGCGCAAAUCGACAAUGGCUGAAAUCGACAAGGUACAAAACUUGCGAUAUAUGCAUAUGGAGAACGUUAAGCGGGCGCGUCAAGCAUACUUGGAUGAGUGCAAUAACUUGAAGAAUUACGCAGGAGAUCGACAAGGAGACGAGUUGAUGCAGAUCAAGCAGAAGACGGCGACAGUAGACCAUGAAUACAAGUUAUCGGUGGGAAUUCUAGAGUCCGUCACAAAGCACUGGGUAGAUGAAUGGAAAGAGUCGUGUAACACAUUCCAAGAACUGGAAGAAAAACGUUUGAAUUAUUUAAGUGGGACCUUACUUGCGUAUGCAAAUAUGAUAUCCAACGUUUAUACGAUCGAUGACCAGUCUUGUGAUCGUAUACGAGGUGCACUGGACAAUCUAGACAUCGCCGCGGACAUCUAUUCGUUUAUUCAAGCAAAAGGAACAGGUUCCAUAGUACCAGAUAUACCAAAAUACACAUGUCACCACAAUUUUGACGAAGUACCCGAGUCAACGGCUCCACCAACCCCUCGCACGGUUCGCGAGAUCAAUAUACCAGUGAAAGAUGAAGAGCUUCGAUCUGUAAAUGAUCAACUGCGGAAACUGCCAUCUUCAAGGCCACAAACAUCGGAAAGCAUGACUAAUCACGUUUGUAUUUUUGCACCUAGAACAACAACUGAUCAUAAGCUCCAAGAAAAAGCACUUCCUUCCCUUCCACCAGAAACAACAGCAACAACAAAGUCCAACAACGAGAACAACGUAUAUGCUCCUCAGAUCCAACCACCGCUCGAUAAAGCAACCUUCCAACGAUCACCUGCCACUAUCCCCUAUCCGCACGAACCUGUAAUUGAACGACCAACGACUGCAACAACACUUAAUGCAACUAAUCAACAUUUACCCACAAAGAACCACAACACCACUAUUACUACUGCAAUACCAACGACAACAUCGCCGACGAAAUUGCGAGGAUAUCCAUCUCCUGCAGCCGAUCUCGAUAGUCGGAUAUCUCCAACAGCCCCUACCACUGCAGGUACUAUCACUAGUCCUCGCAACAUGGGCUUUCUAGAGCAAGACGAAGCACAGACGGCUCCUCUGUUGGAGGACGGGACACCGGUGCUUGAAUAUGUGAAAGCACAAUGGAGCUAUGACGCAAAGAUUGAGUCCGAAAUUACAUUUACUAAGAAUGACAUAUUGGCAGUCAUUGAAAAGAAGAGAGACGGAUGGUGGGAUGCUCAGAUUGUUCAUAGCGACAAGCGUUUGACUCAUACGCGAGGACUUGUUCCAGGGAACUUUAUGGAGACAUAUUCGUAG